AAUGAAAACAUACGUUGUUAAACUUUCCGCGCUACAAGAAUCAAGAUGGAGCAGCAUUCAGUCACAUGUACGAUCCUUUUUUUGCUCCUGACACUAUAUAUCCUCCACACCGACACAUCAAGGCCCGCGUUUCGGCCGACUAGGCUCGUAUCGUAUUCCCUGCCUCAGAAACGAGCGUUCAAGAAGGCCCUGGGGUUCAACGAGGAUGUAUACCUAAACUUCACAGAACUAACCGACAAGUACGGGUAUCCCACUGAAGUACACACAGUGACAACCGACGAUGGAUACCUCUUGGAUGUGUUUCGAAUAUUACCAAAGUGCAGUGACUCGGCUAAAUCUUAUCCAGUGUUUUUGUUGCAUGGAAUCUUUGAUACGGCAGACAUGUGGGUGCUUACAGGAACAAAAACAGGUUUGGGCUACGUUCUGGCUAGCAACUGCUAUGACGUGUGGGCAGGGAACCACAGGGGCAACUUUUAUGCCAGAAGACAUGUUAAACUUGACCCCAAUACAGAUCCAGAUUACUGGAACUACACAUUUGACGAACAUGGACGCUUCGACGUACCCGCUAUUAUCGAUUACAUACUCCGCUCCACUGGACAUUCCAAGUUAUUCUACGUUGGACAUUCUCAAGGUAGCACUAAUUACUUUGUUAUGGGCUCUUUGCGACCAGAGUACAAUGAUAAGGUUAGGCUUGCCGUCAUGUUAGGUCCUGUCGCCUGGAUGAAGAAUUUUGAAAACCCUGUAGCACGUUUACUUGCACAGAAUCACAUCGCGAUAAAAGCCUUUAUAGACAAUGCGGGAUUGAAUGAGAUAUUCGGUAGAGAGCACCUCGUACACUUUGUGGUUGAGUACUUGUGUGUGUUGGCUCCUAAUUUUUGUGAUUUUGGACUUUCAUUAACAACUGGUUACAAGCAAGGAACCAUUCCAUUGAAAGAUAUAUCGGUGGCUAUGGCCCAUUUGUUCAGUGGGACGUCAAUAAAGAAUUUAGCUCAUUUUGCUCAGCUGGUUUUAAGUGGGAAUUUUCAACGUUAUGAUGAGGGUGUUUCUGGAAAUUUGGAGCGGUAUGGGUCUCGCAGACCCCCACAAUACAAUGUUUCUAGAAUAUCCUCACCGAUUGUGCUAGUUAGUGCCGAAAGUGAUAUGUUGUCUUCGCUAAAAGACGUUAACAUUUUAGCGUCAAAGUUGCCAAAUUUAGUAGAAAAUUAUCUAGUGCCAGAAUCUUACUGGAGUCAUCAUAACCAUGUUUGGGGUUACAACGCUCCUGAACUAGUUUAUGCCAAAAUAUUAGAUUAUUUUAAUAAGUAUAAAGAUUAAUAUUCAUACCACUUCAAUUUUGAGAACAUUCCAUUAAAUUGUUACAUGUGGACUCCAUGAAUAGAUACGGAUUAGUAGAAAGAGUGAGAUUUUAAAUUAAUUUUGACAAUAUUUAGUAUAAGCUAAAUAUUUGACGAAAAAUUUAACUACCAUAAAGGUAAUCAUAAAUUAUUUCUCAUCUCUGUGUAACUCACUUAUACAUUAAUGUCUGGGUCGUUGCAUUUAAAUUUAGUAUUUCUUCUUCCAUUAUUUUAAGAUCUAGUGAAAUGGAUAUGGCUGUGUUUUCUAAUUAAGUAGGUAAAAAAUAAAAAGUAAAUUAGUAGGUACACUCAUUACAUAAUUUGGCUCGCCAAUUUUACCAUCGUAGUACUCGCUGGGGAACGGCUGCCUAACGGGUUACCAAGACUCCAGCUAGAAAGGCAGGAGUAGGAACGGGGUGGUUUUUGGUUAGUAAGGUCUGACAUUCCCUUCGCCUCGCCCAAGGCAGACAGAAGUCAUUUGAUGAUUUUCCCCCUAAAAAAAGGGUAGCCAAUAGUCAAAUUCCAGACUUCUCGUUACUAGACCUAUUGCUAUAUACCUCUUAUAAGUAUAGUUGAGCUUAUCGUCUUUAAAAUUCUUACUAAAAACCAGGCACAAUUUAUCAGUUAUAUUAUUUACAAGACCACCACUACGCAUGUUCGACAGUCGCACUUGUGGCCACUCAACCACCGAGGCAGUCAGCACCGAACAGUUAAUGAUGUAUGUAAAUACUACUUAUCUACCUAUUUAUUAACAUCAAUCAAUUUUUUAAAUAACUUCCUUGUAAUCAGGAAAUGUAUGGAAUUUCGUAAUUCAACCGUUGAAUCAUCGACAAUUUUAUUUGUACGAGGUGUAAAUUGAUGAUGCAUGAUUGUUUAUUUAUUUAUUAGUAUUUGAAAUCAUUAUUACAAAAAUAGUUGUAAAAUAUAAAUGUUUUAUGAACGUAAAGCAAAUUUAUCACUAGAAAUAUUUUAUUAAACAGGCUGUCGAACUGGGAAUUUUGGAUUCGAUUUCAAUAAUAGCACGCAGUUGGAAUUGUAACCGGUGUAUAGCGAUCUUCUUACUUAUUACAUAGGAGUCACUACAGUACUGGAGAAAUAUGAAUGUUAAAUUAUUUAACUGCGCUUAAUCUCUCCCGAAACAAAAGGAAUAAAAAGGGAAGACGUUAUGUUUGUUUGUUUAUGUUAUUGAAUAUUUCUUUAGUAAAAGUCACUGUAUAAUCGCGAUAUAAGAUAGUAAAUCUCUGUCUGUCAGUCCUCUAAAGAAGCUAUUUGCUCGUUCCAAAAUGCUAAUUCCUAUGUAGAACAACGGGCAAGAAUCUCCGUAGGAUACUCUUUAAAAAUAUUAAUUCAAAAACCUACGACCCGAGAAUUGAUUCAUUCUUGUAAUGUGUUACUUAAUAUUCAGGUUUACAAACCGAAGCCUCGGGCCAAGUUAGAGUAACCUAAAAACCUUACGACCGGAUUUCUCUAAUGGUCGUAGGCAGACUUUGUAUAGCUUCGGAGAAAUUCUUCAACAAACAAAUAUUAUUACAUGGUCUUACAUCAUUUAAAUUGAGGUCAUAGUAUGAGGAUAAUAUACCUUUGUCGUCUCCAAGUAUGAUAAUAAACCGGAGCUCCGGACUACUUAGCGGGUUUACCGGGGCUCCGGCUCGAAAAGCAAUAGUAGGAACGGGGUGUACAUGAACACCCCGUACAGAGUGUCCGAACACUCCCUUUCGGAUCGAACGAAUGCUCAAACCCUCUCCGAGAAGAGACCUUUGGUCAACAGUGGCCACUUAUAGGCUGAUGUGUGAUGUGAGUUAAACCAAACCAAAAAUAACCAUUAAAUUACUCUGAGUACGGAGGUAAGAUGUAGUCAACAACGAUUUACUAAGAAUACCUACUCAACUUAGAACAUGUAGUAUAACUAACUUACGUAACUGAUUGAAAAAGUAACCUAUGGAGUUUUUUGCUCGUUCUUCUCCAUAGGAAUCUACACUUUGGAACGAGCAAAUAGCUUCAGCAGACAGACUGACCGACAGACAGACAUUUUGUUUUCUUUAUAUUUGCUUUGACAUUCAAAAGUGUCUUCCCGGUCUAUUUGAAAUAAAUAAUUUUGACUUUUUAUAAUACUAGCAUAGUCGCAUCUAAACGUGUUUAGAUUUAUGUGACCGAUAUACGAGUAGCUCAGUACUUCCUACAUUUGUUCCACUGACCUUAUCACUCUUCAAAUUCAGUCUACCUUCUAUACAAGUGUUCCUGCGAUUUUGAUUAACAUACGUCAUUGCAUACAUAAUACUUACAGUGAUUAUAAUUUUAUUCUGAAGGUCUAGUGUAAAUGAGCUUAGGUAUUAUAUAUAAAUAUGCAUAAUUUAAAAUAAAACAACCAAAAUUUUAAUCUAGUCAUUUUAGAGUUAGUGUUUAAGUUUUUAGAAAUAAAACUUGUUUUUGUUUGUUU